UGUCGUCCCUCCAAACCCUACUGUCUCCUUGCAGGUGUUGCAUAUUGCAAACUUGUUAUCUUCUGCACACGCGCUGAAGAAUUCCCAAACAGCUGAUGUUGCAGGUUCAUUCACGAUGUUCCCGACAUGUGGGAGAAUAGCGCGGACACGCGCUUCACACCGCGAGCGGUAAAAUCAUGGACAAAGUGUCCGACCUGGUCACAUCCAUGACGGGGUCUUCAGCUGCAGUGACUGUGGCAGAAGGAGUUACGGGUGUCGUAGUGAGAGAAACAAAGCCCGCGGACGUACAGGAUGUCUUCAUUGCUUACAGGUCUCCAAAUGACAGCAUGAGUAUUAUUGAAAACGAAGAGACUCUGGCUACAUUUUCAAGAUCUGUCACAGUGUCAAAAGAAGCGUUCGUUAAAGCUCGUUCGAAUGUUACCAUACCAUUUGCAGGUGUUAUCCGAUUCCUCAAUCUGGCUUCGGAUAUGAAGAACAGCACUGUUUUAGGUAAUGAGGUUUUAGCUGUUGAAAUGGGAACCACUAUCACCAAUCUCACAGACAAAAUGCAGAUACAUUUUUGGAACAUGACAUACACAGGAAUUCCAUCUUGUCAUUCAUGGAAUGGUGAAGGGAGUCAACCAAACUGGACUGAUGACGGAUGUCUGACAAGACAUGAUGGACAGAACAUUUUAUGCGAGUGUUCGCAUUUGACAUUUUUUGCUGUCCUAAUGAGUCCUCUUAAUGAAACCAUAUCUACUUCUGACCUGAACAACCUCACCAUCAUCACCCAAGUUGGCUGUGGCUUGUCCAUGUUCUUCCUCUGCAUAGUCCUUUUCAUGCACUUCCUGCUGAGGAGGACCAAGGCCAGCAAUGCCACAAGGAUUCUCAUCCACCUGGUUUCAGCCAUGUUCCUGCUUAACUUCACUUUCCUAAUCAAUAACGUUGUGGCAAAUCUGAAUAGCUCUGUGGGUUGUAAGAUCAUGGCGGCUCUCAUGCACUACUUCAUGUUGGCCACUUUCACUUGGUUUGCUGUGCAGGCCUUCCACCUCUGCUUGCAGAUAUACACCGGGGGCCAGAUUGUAAUCCAUCGCUACAUACUCAAAGUCUCCAUUGUCAGUUGGUUACUACCAAGUGUAGUCGGGAUUGUACUGCUCAUUUUAGGAAAAUAUGGUGAACAAGUCAUUCACACUAGUGACAGUCAACAAACCGUGGCCAUGUGCUGGAUAACAGACAAUUUGGUGCACUACGUUGUUAACAUAGGCUACUAUGUGGUGGUCUUCAUCUUCACCUUCACUACCUUCAUCAUCAUACUGUCCUGGCUGUUCUUUCUCAAGAGAACAAGAACCGGACAAACGAGCACACAUGGCAAAAAGAUUGUAACCAUCCUGGGACUCUGUUGCAUGCUGGGUAUCACUUGGGGUUUUGCCUUCUUCGCCUACGGUGCCCUCCGGAUCCCUUCCUACUACAUUUUCACAGUCCUCAAUUCUUUCCAAGGUUUCUUCCUGUUCAUCUACUACUAUAACACCAGCCACACAGGAGAAAUAAGCAGCAGUGCGAGUGGGCAGAAAAACUCAAACAGCACCAAGACUAUUAAAACCAGCCUGAGCAGCUUUGAGAACCCCUACACCGAUCCGCCAGAAAAGAAAUAAAAAUCCCUGAAAGCCAAAUGGAGACCAAAGAGCGAUGAAAAAGGUCAGCUUGAAGUAACUUGAGACUACAAGCAAGUACUAAAAAUUAACUGUUUUAUGACUUUGUAAAAUGUAUCUUUCCUGACAUGAUAGUGUGUAUAGGGAAAUUGCUUCAAUACUACAUAUUACUCCUUGUUUAGGUUCUUAGAUCAGAAUUUGGUUUGAACAAUUUCAUUCAGUAAGGAUCAUAAAAGGGUGUGUCAUGCGGUUUAAUUAAUGACUUUGAGACCUUUUGUAAUGCAAAAGUUAAUUGUAAUUAUGACAGAUUUUUUAAACUGAAUGCUUUUGAAUGAUUAAGUACUUGUUCAGGGCCCUCUGAUCUUCCACAUAUAUACAAAAUAUCUAUAGUUGUGGAUAGACUAGCACCUGUUCCACCCAUUAGAACUUGCAGUGUUUAAAAGCACAUUUUAACGCUUCAAAAUAUGAAAAGAUGGAACGUGAGGAAAUAAGAAUCCUUUAUUUAGUUACACAAACCUUAAAACAUACAUUAUGUAUCAUACACUAUUUAUUUUUUUUAAAACUCAUUUUAAGUUGGGAAAUUAUUAUUACUUCUACAACAAGAGAGCUUCUGCUUCCUUGAGAGCUUGUUCCAUUUCGGCAGCCUCCAGGGAAAAGUUCUCCCUUUCCUGCUUCAUAUGUUGCCGUGCUUUAGCGAGUUCUGUCAUUGUUGCUUGGAUUUCCUAUAAGUGUGUAAAAUGAGGAACAUUUAAAAAACACACUCCAACAUCCCUUAAAUUUACUAAAAGAAAUAGCAAAGUUACAUUAGCCAAUAUACAAAGGAGUGUGACUCACCUCUAGCCGAGCCCGUUGCUGUGAUGCAGUGUCUCCAAACGCUUUUAAUUGAUUCAGCAGGUCUGUGGAGACACUCUGAAAUGGAGACAAUAAAAUAUGUGUUUAAUAGUUGGCACUGCCUAUGAUAGCCAAAAGACUGUAACCCUUUGUGUAGGAUUCAAGUAUAGUCUAUAUUUAAAUUUUAAAACAAGUAACAUUUGUCACUUGUCUUUAAUUGUGUGGUUAUGUGGCAUAUAACAAGUGCAUGUUUGUAGUUAUUUGUGUGUUUGAUAAAGCAUAUGAUAAAUAAAAGAUGACUGUGCUUAUAACAGUAAAUAAGUAAACUGAAAUAAAAUGUACGCA